AUGUCACUGCCACAAUGUACUGAAGCCGUUUUAGGAUUUUCCAAUCUACAUUUGAUGUUUUCACCGAUGAAUGAGCUGGUGAUAAUUGGUGUCACUCCGGAAUCUGCAGAAAUAAUGUGGCCUGCGUCUCAGUCUCUACCAAAGCCAAACACAGACGCGCAGCGUGAUGGACAGUAUGAUUUGCUGGGGUUCAUGAACGAUUACGUCAGACGGCAGAUUUUAAGGCGUAUCGCCUCUACUGAGUCUUCUGGAACUAGCGUGAGGCUUGCCAGUGGAAUAGCGAAAGGCUUGUGUUAUUAUGUCCGCACAUGUCGUGACUUGCAACCAACGAAGCGGUACGACGAGGAAUUGAACAUCAAUUCUGGUGUGGAAGCGUUGGAUAUUGCAGAUAAGGUUUCCGCUCGGAUGCUGGUCGUGAGGGCCGGUGAAGAUAGUCCUUCUCAAUACUUAGCCUUGAUGAACGCUGUCUUUACCGCUCAGAAACUACGGGUGCAAGCAUUUUUUGGUUCCACGUCUUUUCUGCAUCCCACCAUAGCACAUCCCGACUUUCUUGUGCAACUUUUCUUCCAGGCCACAGAGGCUAUUGAUGAGCGGGCAUGGAAAAUGAUGCGCAACAUGGGUUACAAACCAGGAGAGGGCCUGGGUGUCAAUGCACAAGGUCUCGUGGAACCAGUGGCUGUCAGCAAGCAAAAGGGUCGGCGUGGUUUGGGGCUGGUACCAAAAUCAGACGAACCCUGCGUUCCUCAGGGUACUGUCAUCCACUCAACCGAUCCAUUGCUGGUGUGGACUGAGGGAUGCGAUGAGGCGUCCGCGGAUGGUGACAAGUUGUGGUGCUGGAGCAGGUUCCAGUCACCUGAGAAACCUCGUCCACCCGACACUCUUCACGCAUUUAUCCUUCCUCCAAACGAUCCUCAAGCUUUGGGUCCACCUAUUCGCGAAAUGGAUCAUCAAUCGCAAUUUUGUUCUGCGCACUUGUUAAGAGAGAUGAUCAAUUAUAAAAAUCAGCUUGACAGCGUUUCAAAAAUGUCCGUGACUGAGAGCCAUCAACGGUGCAACCCUUAUGAACAAAUUAAAAAAGGAAUAUUUAUGAAUAGAUGUCUCAACUUAGCAAAUGCGACCCGAGCCUUGAAGAUUCGUGCAUUGACCUCAUCUGUCACCCUACGGUCAGAACUAAUACAACUUCCAAGGGCUGCUAUGAAAUUGGCCAACAUAGAUGCUCUACUGGAUGGGCUUUUCACGGAUGCAGUCCCGAAAACGUCUAUCCUAUACUUCGCCGAUGUUUGUGCCGGUCCUGGAGGCUUUUCCGAGUACCUUUUGUGGCGUCGAUGCAAUGCGAGCUCUCUCAGCUCAUGUGGUGGAGUUUCGGGACAAGAAAACUCGACUCAAAAAGACUCUACUGUUCCGCAACUGAACGCUAAGGGAUUUGGACUGACCCUGAUAGGAUCCUGCGACUUUCGGGAAAGCGAUUUUUUAGCCGGACCUUGUGAAGCAUUUUUGGCACAUUAUGGUCCAGACCAGGAUGGAGACAUCACGAAGUGGAGAAAUCUUGCCUCAUUUGCCUCUCUAAUCGCACGAAGUACAGAUCGCAAGGGAGUGCACGUCAUUGUGGCUGACGGAGGCUUUGAUGUAUCUGGUCGAGAUAAUUUACAGGAGGUUCUUUCCAAACGAAUCUAUCUCUGCCAGUGCCUGUGUGCCUUGAUAACUUUACAACCCGGUGGUCAUUUCCUCACCAAACUGUUUGACACGUUGACCGAAUUUACUGCGGGUCUGAUCUUCCUCAUGAGUCAACUAUUCGAAGAAUUGUUAAUAAUCAAGCCGGUGACAAGUAGACCGGCGAAUUCUGAACGGAAGACGGCAAUGACCAGUGCAGCUGAGUUUGCUGGUAAUGGCCUUCAUACUUCGCCGCCAAGUCAUUGUUUGACCGCCUCUGGCCCUCUUCCACCAUUCGCGUGGCUGUGCGAAAAGAGCCCUUCAAGGAAGUUGGUCGACUGGCAUACGCAACACGUGGCCAAGCCAGCGCAACCUAUGAAGCGUGAUCAGUUCAUCUAUCGAGGGUACUUGGUUUGCAAAAAUCUUUUGUCACCUAUACUGCAUAUGGCUGGAUGUCCGGUUCCCCCUGCGAAAGUGGAUCCAAAAGUUACCAACGGUCUUGAGGGUUCUGGUUUUAAACAAAAAGUCCGGAAACCGCCUGGUGGGGACCGUCUUCUCGUAAACACACAAGAUGGGGAAUAUGGCGUGUUGAAUCCUGAAGUAUCCGGGGUGGUUGGUGAAUUAAUCGAACAUUUUUUGGCAGUGAACGAAUCCUUAGGUUCAAAGGAUUCGGUCAAUUCAGCAGGGGAUACUUCACCAGCAGGCGCCCAAGAAGUCCUCCGUUUGUGUCCCCCCGAAGCCUUGAGAGGCGACAACGCUUUUAUGGAGUUUUUUGUUUCGAUGAAUCAAGAGUUCCUUGAACCUCAGUGUGUUGCACUUUCAAAGUUGCUAACCUUUGUACAUAACCAACAGUUGAGCGAUUCCCGUCAAGGAGAGCUGAAGAUCGCUUGUCUAGAAAAAUGGAAGAUCAAUCCGACGGAUCGGCGACAAGUUCCAUGGCCACUGAUGACCUUUAAUCACUCGGCAGUUAUACAUGGUCUCUUGGGUGACAAAGAACGACUGAAGUCGCUGAACAUGCUUCCGUCAGAAUAUUACGCAAACACUCGAGUCGAAACAUUUACUGAAGUGAAUCUCGCUAAUUUGGAUAUAUUGAUCGACAGCCGCGUGGCCAUUGUUUGUGGUACGCCCUACACUACAGCUUCUGCUCCCUCCCAACCGAUGAUGAUCUACUCGCGUAGUAGCCGGAACUCCGACAUCCACUGUACGACAGAUGGAGGCCAAUGGACUCGACUGGAUCAGGUGGCGCAGUAUCUUAAACCUCGGCUUCCUCCUGGGACGCUAGUGUGGGGACAACCCACAUAUGAAUACGUUACCAAGAGCGGUCGGCGCAAAUAUGCCUUGAUGAUAUUUGAUGUCGUGUGCAUCUACGGCCAAGACUGUCGUCACUUGCCGUUUACUGAGCGCAUGGAACUUGCGCGGAGGAUGGCAGACGUGGUAAACUUUCCAGGCAUGGAUGCUUCUUACGUCCGUGUAGCCCCACUGAUUCGACUGCGAAAUUUGCCAUCUUAUGUGAAGGGACUCCCCCUUCUCCGAUGCAAAGAUGCGCCGAACCAUGUGCCAAUGAAUGUUCACCCCGAUGGUAUCGCCUUUCAACCCCAUUCUUUGUUAUUAGUGAGGCACCUGGCAGAGCCCUGGUCAGAAGCAGUAAGCCGAACCAGUGGACAUACAUACUACUUCAACCGAACCACUUGUGAAUCCACAUUUGAACUACCUCCAAACCAGCAAUAUCCAUUCAACCAAACUCAGUUUGCAAGAGUUCCUUGGGUCGCUGGUCGUCCUCACGAAGUAAGUGUUCAACGGCUUGUUCAGUCAAUUGAGCACUUUUGCCAAACCAUGGACAGAAAAGGGUAAUCAAGUAGUGACAAAUCGCUGUUUUCCCUACCCCAGCACUUCGCUUUUGCACUACUUUGCGCGAAUUCGUGGGGAAAAUAACCGUUGUUCUCAGUCCCCGGCUGGUUGUAUUUUCGACGACUCGACCGUUCCAAUACAGAGCUACUUCUGUUUUUUUUAUCGGUCUCAUUGGGCUUAUCUGGCAGUAGCUGGUUGCGUACGCAGUGUGCCGAUCAGAUUGUAAUUAAGUGAAAAAAUU